AACACGAGAAACGAGCAGCUACAGCUCGUCUCCUUUAUCCAAAACCAAAAUUGAUUUUCCAGGAAAACAAAAUCCUCCAUAUUCUCCUCUAUUCUCUUCUCCAAUCCUCGCUCUCUUGCGUCUUAAGCAAAGGUGAUUUCUCCUUCUCGCUCUCUCCCUCCCUGCAAUCGAUCGGCAAAAUCCUGAAGAUAUAGAUUUCAGUUUCCGAGGAACCCGAUCGCAGAAUUUACGAUUUAGAUCGGUUUGGUUGUCGAUUCCUUAGAUACGAAUCUCGUCUAAAUUUCCGCAUCAUUGUUUCGCGACUGUGACACGUUCUGGUGCCAGUGGAGAUUAAACAUAUUUUACGAACGAAACUGGAUUCCGAUUAUUUGUGGGCAAUUUUGUUGAACCGUUCUUAGUAGAGUUUCUUUUGUUGAAGAAAAGUAAAGGUUUCAUAGGGGUUUGGUAUGACGUAGCUUCCGCUUUCCAAUUUCACUUUGACUGGUGUAUUUUGCAGGCCAUUUUUGGCGUUCAAACAAGACGCACUUGGUAAAUUGAUGUGGCCUCUUUGUUUUCUGCUUAACAAACUUUUGAAAGUUGAAGAGAGGAAUCAGGUGAGAUCAGAAGAACAUGGAGAUUCGAUUUCUGCAAAAUAUCGCCAAUUCGACCCGUUGGUGGUGACUAAUGGAAACUACAAAGAUGCCGGCUUGCCAUCCUCUUCCCAGACGGAAGUCCCUCAUGUACAUCAGUUAGCUUCAUGGGAUUGCGGUCUCGCUUGUGUUCUCAUGGUUCUAAGAGCAAGUGGCAUCACAAGCUGCACUAUUGAAGAUUUGGCUGAGAUAUGCUCCACAAAUAGCAUUUGGACUGUAGAUCUCGCAUAUUUAUUGCAAAAGUUCUGCGUGGAAUUUUCCUAUUUCACUAUAACAUUCGGAGCAAAUCCAAAUUACUCCAUAGAGGAAUUUUACAAGGAGCAGCUCCCUGAAGAUCUGGUGCGUGUGGAUUUGCUCUUCAGAAAAGCACAUGAAUCUGGCAUUAUUAUACAGUGCAGGUCAGUUAGUAUCCAUGAAAUUUCUUGUUUGCUGUUGUCGGGGAACUAUAUUGCCAUUGCAUUAGUUGACCAAGACAAGCUCAGCAAGUCUUGGUUGGAAGACGUGAUUGUCGCUGGUCUUCACAACACCUAUUCCAGCUACACUGGUCACUAUAUCGUGAUAUGCGGCUACGAUGCUGCCAGGGAUGAGUUUGAGAUCAGAGAUCCUGCCAGUUCCAAGAUACACGAGAGGAUCUCGUCAAAAUGCCUGGAGAAUGCGCGGAAAUCGUUUGGCACAGACGAAGAUCUUCUCUUGAUAAACUUGGAGAAUAUCAAGAACCAGAAAGAAUAUUAGAAAAGUUCUCAUCAUCAUCAUCAUCAUCAUCAUCAUCAUCAUCAUCAUCAAAUCAUUCUGGAUCAUAGUGAAACCUGAGUGUUCUCCAGAAGAAAAGAUGAGCUGAAAAGUAUAUGGACGUUGCGGAGAAAAAAAAGAAAAAGAAAUACAUAUAUAUGUACAUGGAUCAACAGUGAACUCAGUAUAGGGUUGACAUUGAUUAGAAGCUUCUG